AAAAAAUUUCGAAUUUUAAAAAUUUCGAAAUUUUCGAAAAUUUUUAAAAAAAUUUAAACAAUUUUUAAAAAAAUUCUCAAAAUUUUUAAGAAAAUAGUGAAAAACGUUUCUAUUUGAGAAAAAAAACGCAGCAAACAGCUACGCCGCUGCCGCACUUUACAACAUUUAGAACAAAAACAACUGCAACAACAACAACAUGUCUAUUACAUACCCACAUCCUUUUUCUAAAUAACAACAACAACACCAACUACAACCAUAACAAUCGGAAUAAUAACUUCGUUUAACAACUUCGUGCAGACAAUUUCCAAAAGAAAGAAAAAAAAAACAACAUGUUCUUUUUCGUGUAUUUUCUUCGUUUAAAGUGCGUGUGUGUUAGUGUGUAAACAAAACAGUGAAAAGCAGUGGAAAAAGAAGAAGAAGAACAUAAAUACGUGCGUGUUUUCAAAGAAGUCUGAAAAUUUCAGACAACUUCGGGUCUUUGUUUACAGAUUUUCAAAUUGUUGUUAUUUUUCUUUUCGGUUUUUCUUGUUGUUUCUUCUCCAACAUAAAUGACGUUUAGUUUAACAUCAUUAUUAUCUAUAAGAAAUGAAAACAACAACAAAUGUGCCUGUGUUUAUGUGUACGUGUGUGUGUAUCUAACUAAUAAAGUAUUAAACUACAAAAACAAAUCCUUAAGGAAUCAUUGUUAGUCUGGGUUUUUUUUUGUAAAUUUAUGCGUCUGCUGGCAUAUAAAAAACAACAACAAAAAUAAACACAGACCUAAAACAAAAAUCUGUUGAAAUUUGAAAAAAAGUGCAAAAAAUCUCCUGAAUUAAAAGCUUAAAUUGAAAAAAAGCAAAAAAUCCUUUUUUUAUUUUGAAAUCUUUAACUUGUUGCUGUUUUUAUUAAAAUUAUUUUAUAAUUUUUUGCUGUAAACGGUUGACCUGCUUAACAAAUUGUGAUACAAAUAUACAACAACAAAAAAACAAACAAAUUGGAUUAUUUUACCAACAACAACAACAAACCCUGUUCUAACUACUUCAAAAAACUACCUGUCAAAUGGAUUAUUAUAUAAAAACAACUUCUUAAAAGAAAUUAAUAAAAAAAAACGUUUUUUUGGUUAAUUUCUAACUCCUGAAACAAAAAUUCGCCCCCCCAAAAAAGCACUUUAUUUGUACAUCCCCACACAUAAAACGCUUUUAUACUUUUCAAGAUCAAAAAAAAGUAUAAAAGAAAAAAUUUCUUUUCAAAAUCUGUUUCCAAAUGAUGAAACGACGUUGGUCUAAUAAUGGCGGUUUUGCCGCUUUAAAAAUGUUAGAAGAAUCCUCCUCAGAAGUUACCUCCUCCUCAAAUGGUCUGGUCUUGUCAUCGGAUAUAAAUAUGUCACCUUCCUCGUUGGAUUCACCCGUAUAUGGCGAUCAGGAAAUGUGGCUGUGUAACGAUUCAGCUUCAUAUAAUAACAGUCAUCAGCAUAGUGUUAUAACUUCGCUGCAGGGCUGCACCUCAUCAUUGCCGGCCCAAACAACCAUUAUACCUCUGUCAGCUUUACCCAAUUCCAAUAAUGCCUCCCUGAAUAAUCAAAAUCAAAAUUAUCAAAAUGGUAAUUCCAUGAAUACAAAUUUAUCGGUUAACACAAAUAACAGUGUUGGAGGAGGUGGAGGUGGUGGUGGUGUUGGUGUACCCGGUAUGACUUCACUCAAUGGUCUGGGUGGUGGUGGUGGUGGCAGUCAAGUGAAUAAUCACAAUCACAGCCACAAUCAUUUACACCAUAAUAGCAACAGUAAUCACAGUAAUAGCAGUUCCCACCACACAAAUGGCCACAUGGGUAUUGGCGGCGGUGGUGGUGGUGGCUUAUCGGUCAAUAUUAAUGGUCCCAAUAUCGUUAGCAAUGCCCAACAGUUAAACUCGUUACAGGCCUCACAAAAUGGCCAAGUUAUUCAUGCCAAUAUUGGCAUUCACAGUAUCAUCAGUAAUGGAUUAAAUCAUCAUCACCAUCAUCAUAUGAAUAACAGUAGUAUGAUGCAUCAUACACCCAGAUCUGAAUCAGCUAAUUCCAUAUCAUCAGAGUUCACCCGAUGAAAAUGAAAGUCAACACGAUGUAUCAUUUCGUCAUAUAACAGAAAUCACUAUACUAACAGUACAAUUAAUUGUGGAAUUUGCCAAGGGUUUGCCAGCGUUUACCAAAAUACCACAAGAGGAUCAAAUAACACUAUUAAAGGCCUGCUCAUCAGAAGUUAUGAUGUUGCGAAUGGCACGACGUUACGAUCACAAUUCAGAUUCGAUAUUCUUUGCCAAUAAUCGAUCGUAUACGCGUGACUCUUAUAAAAUGGCUGGCAUGGCUGAUAAUAUUGAGGAUCUGCUGCAUUUCUGUCGACAAAUGUACUCGAUGAAAGUGGACAAUGUCGAAUACGCUCUACUCACUGCCAUUGUGAUCUUUUCCGAUCGGCCGGGUCUCGAAGAAGCCGAACUAGUCGAAGCGAUACAAAGUUACUACAUCGAUACACUCCGCAUUUACAUACUUAAUCGCCAUUGUGGCGAUCCCAUGAGUCUCGUAUUCUUUGCCAAGCUUCUGUCAAUUCUAACCGAACUGCGUACGUUGGGCAAUCAAAAUGCCGAAAUGUGUUUCUCGUUGAAAUUGAAAAAUCGCAAACUGCCAAAAUUCCUCGAAGAGAUCUGGGAUGUACAUGCCAUUCCACCCUCAGUGCAGUCACACAUACAGGCUACCCAGGCGGAAAAGGCCGCCCAGGAAGCUCAGGCAACAACAUCGGCCAUUUCAGCAGCCGCCACCUCAUCUUCCUCCAUAAAUACCUCGAUGGCAACAUCAUCCUCAUCAUCGUUAUCGCCAUCGGCGGCCUCCACACCCAAUGGUGGUGCCGUCGAUUAUGUUGUUGGCACCGAUAUGAGUAUGAGUUUAGUACAAUCGGAUAAUGCAUAGCAAUAGCUUUUAACAACUACUACUAUUGCCAACGAAGAGAAGAGUGCUGAUUGUGAUGGUAGUGUUAAUAUCGUCCCUGAGAUAGUAGCUGACAUUGAAGAGGACGUUGAUGAUAAUGAUGUUGUUGAUGACGGUGAUGA